CCCGCUGCACUGAAUCCAAACGACGCGGCUUGAAAGGCGGUUUAAUUACAAGCAGUACACUACACUACAGCACACAUUAGGGCAGAAUAUCACACAGAACCGCACGAAGAGGAUGUCCUUAGCUAAAAUCGCACAAAAAUAAUGGAUAUCGACAGGUGAAAAACAAUAUCAGGAACUGGUAUGUUAUUAUAUGUUGCCAAUGGAUACAAGGACGUGGAAAUGCAGGUCUCAGUGUUUUCUCCGUGUCUGCUUUGACCAUUCAUAGGAUUUUAUGAGCUUGAAAAUAUGCAUUCGUCAGAAAACUAAGCAGUUUUAAUAAAGUAAGCUUUUUGUUGUUCAUUGUGGAGAAGAAACAGUCACAUUUACUGUGAUUUAAACGACCUGGUGCACCUGUGGACUAACCUGUGGACUUGAAUGUGCUACGGAUGAAAACAGCAAAGGGGUAACACGAAACCUUUGAAACGACUUCAUUCUGAUUAAAGUUAAAGACAACUAGUAACUUCCAGCACAUCGAGAUGCUCUGACAGAUAGUCUGCGUGAUUUUACUGGCAACAGCUGUCAGAGCGCGAGACCCCCUCCCAUCUGACUGCUCGCGCUGCGAGUGCACAGUGCGCAUGACAGACGGGAACGAGCCGUACCGGAGAGGGAAAUUUAAAAACGUUUUUUUCUUUCGGGAGAACAAGAGCCCGAACAAACAGUAGACAUUUUCCUUCGUCUCAUAAUAACCCAGGAUUAACAGCACCGCAACUUCAGCACAAACAGAUUGAUUUUGUCUGCCAGAAGAUGAUAGAAAGUGGAAUUACAACCAGGAUGUCAGGAAAUCAUGAAAACUCUGGACAAAGUCACCACACCUCUGCACAAGAAUACAGACUCCUGACUACUGACCUGUCGCAGCUGAAGGACGCUCCUGGUGAUCUUCAGUCCCUGUCCUGGCUCACCUCUGUGGAUGUACCCCGACUCCAGCAGAUCCAGGGCAGACGGCCUGAAUUCAACAGCUCUGCACAGAACAGCCUGCUGGACCAACAAACAGCUCAACUAAACAGCAUGACAGUAGCAGGAGGAGCAGGAUCUGCAAUUCAUCUGCAGACUGAAAUGCAGCACAGCCCUUUAGCCAUCAACAGCAUGCCCCAGUUUUCCCCUGGGUUUCCAUGUGCUGCCUCAGUGUACCAGAAUGCCCCUCAACAAGUGCUCACCUACACUCAGGCAAACCAACAGUGUUCUCCCGGUGGACUUUAUGGCAGCUAUAACAGCCAGGGUUUGUACCCUCAAGCUCGUAUGAAUGCUCACAACCAAGACCUGCAGCCUAAGACUUUCCCCAAACCCAUCUACUCCUACAGCUGUCUGAUUGCCAUGGCUUUGAAAAACAGCAAAACAGGCAGCCUUCCUGUUAGUGAGAUCUAUAGCUUUAUGAAAGAGCACUUCCCUUAUUUUAAGACAGCACCUGACGGAUGGAAGAACUCGGUACGUCACAACCUGUCCUUAAAUAAGUGCUUUGAGAAAGUGGAGAACAAGAUGAGCGGCUCUUCCAGAAAAGGUUGCCUGUGGGCACUCAACCCAGCAAAGAUCGACAAAAUGGAGGAGGAGAUGCAGAAAUGGAAACGUAAAGAUCUCCCAGCCAUCCGACGCAGCAUGGCCAAUCCAGAUGAACUAGACAAACUCAUAACAGACAGACCAGAGAGCUGCAGACAGAAAUCUGUUGAUACCGGCAUGACUCGCUUGCCCAGCUGCCCACCAGGGCAAACUCUUCCGAUCGCAGCCCAGCUGCAGCCCCAGCCGAUGGUCACUCUGUCACUGCAGUGCCUUCCCAUGCACCAACACCUUCAGCUGCAGUUUCAGAAUCAGUCCCGUCUGGCUCCAGCAUCCCCGGCCCCCGCUCAGACCCCUCCUCUCCACACGGUCCAUGACCUAAUGAACAGCUCCCUGCCCCAGCAACUUGCCAAACAGCCCAGUGACUUCUACACCAUUCAAACAGACGCUAAUUCAGAGGUGGAUGCACUGGACCCAAGUAUUAUGGACUUCUCCUGGCAAGGAAACCUGUGGGAUGAUAUGAAGGACGAUAGCUUUAACCUGGAGGCAUUUGGUACACUCAGUAACUCCCCCCUUCGCCUGUCUGACUGUGACCUGGACACAGGCAAUGGCACACCUGUGUCCAAUGCAGGAGGACUACCCUACCCAGACCUGCAGGUGACGGGCCUCUAUUCUUCAUACUCCACUGUAGAAGCCCUUUCUAACCAGUACAUGAACACACAAGGAGGAACAAAGCCGAUUGUUUUGCUUUAAUCGUACCCACAACAUAUUAACUGAGCCGAGCUUUACUCAUCAGGAUCACAAAGUUUUGCUUCAGGCUUUUCAAACUUAUUUUGUGUGGUGACUCACUGUCAAAAAACUCAAAUUUCUUUCAAGACAGCCAAAACGCAGGAAAAUCUCCUUCCCUGAAAUAAUUUGCAGAGUAAUAAAAUUGUAAACUCUGUGUUCAGAGGUGAACUGUGCAACUAGUUAACAGAGGAGUUUGUAUAAAUCACUGUAAUUUAAAAGACCAAAUCUUAAAUA